CUUCGAAGAUGAAGAGCUACCAGGACUGGUGUGAACGCGGAAUGGGAUUGAAUAGUGUGAUCGAAUUUGUUGGGAGAUAUUAUCAACUUAGCUGGCCUUUCAGACUUACGUCUAGGCGGUAGGGAGAAUGGAUGUAAUCCAAAGGCUUUGUGAGAGAAACUCUAAUAAAUGGAAGGCUGAGGAGGAGGGAUCUCGUGAACCGAGGAUUGUCCCUUAUCUUCUUAGAGUUGCUUAUCGCAAAUCCUUACCUCAUCAUUCAGAACAAGGUGUGGCCAGUGCACUCGCUCGUUCGGGCGCUAAGUGACGGGAAGCUUUCUUUCUUCCAACUACCCCACAGCGCCAAAAUCCUCCAAUGUCAACCUCAUCGAAGGAUGUAUUCUCGAAGCGCUUCCAAUGUUGGGUGACAGGCGCGCCGCAUAAGCGCGAUACCUCUUCUUCUACACAACGAGCCUUCAAUCCACAAUUUCCAAGUUAUUUCAUGAAGACUUCAAUUUCGUGCACACUUGCCUCACGCCCCGGGGCCGAUGAUAGUCAAUGUCGGAGCGCAGCGGUCCAUCACCGGUGCUGCCCCCACAACGUCAAGCCAUUUCGAUCAGAACCGUGUCGUCCAGUUUCAGGCAGCAUGGAGGGGAAGCGAGCUUCAGCAUCGAUUUCGUCGGGAAGGGCCAUUUCGGGGCAGAGUCACCGACAAGCUGUAACGUCCAUCCGGCCCACUUGCACUAUUCGUACGACCGAUCAUCACCCAUGGGUAUUUGUAUUGGAACUGCAGGUGGCCGCCAAACGGGCCGCGCACACCGCCAGGCCAUUUCGGCAGGCCGUGGCUUCAGCCUCCCGCACCCAUUUCGCAGGCUUAGCAGUCGAACAUCAGCCACUCAUGGUCGUUCACCAGCUUUACUCCAGCCUCGAUACUUCGCACACGAUGUCCCGGAGACCAGUCAUUUCUACCGGGGUAGCAAAAGUUUUUCGCGUAACGGAGGUCCUCUUAGAUGCGAGUAAUAUGCAGCGUGCCAUUAGCCCGAUACGCGGCUGAGGCAACGCCGCUUGAACACCGAACUUACUGCGAGAUUCACUCGCCACGGUCU